GCUCAGCACACAAGGAGCCCGAUCAUGGAGCAUCCACUGCCCAGGCCUCCGCUGCUGCUGUUGCUGCUGCUGCUCGCUGGCUCCACCGCGCUCCCGGCGCCCCCCAGGAUCUCAAGACAUUCAGACGGGACGUUCACUAGCGAGCUCAGCCGCCUGCAGGACAGCGCCAGGCUGCAGCGCCUGCUGCAGGGUCUGGUGGGGAAGCGCAGUGAGCAGGACGCAGAACAUAUCCCAGAGAACAGCCUGACCCCGUCCAAGCCCUCAGAGGACCAGCUCUGCUUGCUGUGGUCGAACACUCAGGCCCUACAGGACUGCCCUAUCUCCCUCCACAGGCUCCUCCCUAGGCUUUCCCUGGAUGGGUCCUGGUCUCCGUGGCUGCCUCCUGGACCAAAGCCCGCUGUCGAAGUUUCAGAGUGGACUGAAGCAACCAGGCAGCCCCGAUGA